ACCUCAUCCCGCCGAGCCGGGCUCUGCUGUUCCAACUGCCACACAGCCACCACCACUCUGUGGCGGAGGAAUGCGGAGGGUGAGCCUGUGUGCAACGCCUGUGGCCUCUACAUGAAGCUGCAUGGGGUGCCUCGGCCUCUGGCAAUGAAGAAAGAGAGCAUUCAGACACGGAAACGGAAGCCAAAGACCACCAAAACCAAGGGCUCCUCAGGAUCCAUACCAAAUGCCACAGCUUCCCCACCCACCCUUCCCAACCCUGACAGCUCAGCCACCACUUUGAAAGCAGAGCCCAGCCUGGCAUCCCCAGUGUGUGCUGGACCCAAUGUCACCUCCCAGGCCUCCAGCCAGAUAGAUGACCCCCUGGCUCCCAGCCACUUGGAGUUCAAGUUUGAGCCUGAGGACUUUGCCUUCCCCGCCACAGCCCUGGGCCCCCAGGCUGGCCUUGGAGGGGCCCUGCGCCAGGAGGCCUGGUGUGCGCUAGCCUUGGCCUAG